UAUCAGCCCAUUCAAAUGGACCAGGCGAUUUAGGCUAUAAAAGAGCGCUCCUGAAGAUGCGUCUGUGAAGAAUAGCCUACAAAGUUUGCCCAAGCGAGCUAUCGCUAAAGUGACGAAUAUUGCUGUUACUAACUUCGCAUCGCGAACCAAACCUCGAGACAUCGAAGUGGACUGCAGAUUGCGAUUCAUUCAUUCUGAACGGAUGUCUGCUAGCUAGGCUACUGUACUUGCUGUAGCCUAUGUGGCUUUUGGAUAUUAGGCCAAUUUGCAUUCGUUGAAAUGGAAUGUAAGCUCUAGCCAUUACUAGACCAGAGACCAGAAGCAUCCUACCCCAAAUAAAUCCCCUGUGCAGCACCGGUGGAUUACCUUACCUUAAUACUCAUAGAAAUUGACCAGAUGGUGGAUUCUUCAGUUUGCCUUCCAGACAGACAGCAAACCAAAGGAUAAAGCAUUUUAACAAAAGCAGAUGUUGCAUAGGAUUUUUUUAUUCCAUUAAACUACAUCUUUAACCCGUAGGUACUUUUUUAAAAAGGAAUUUCUUACUAAAUCGGGAGUAGACUGUCGUCUGAAACAUGGCUCCAACAAUGAUGGAAGCUGCAGAUAUUGCUAUUGUGGCACUGUACUUUGUCUUGGUUCUCGCGAUUGGCUUCUUCGCCAUGUGGAAAGCCAAUCAGAGCACGGUGAGUGGCUACUUCCUUGCUGGACGGUCCAUGAACUGGGUUGUGAUUGGAGCAUCGCUCUUCGUCAGCAACAUCGGCAGCGAGCACUUCAUCGGCCUGGCUGGAUCCGGAGCAGCCAGUGGCUUUGCCGUCGGCGCUUGGGAGUUCAACGCCCUGCUCCUUCUGCAGCUCCUCGGUUGGGUCUUCAUCCCUGUGUACAUCCACUGCGGGGUCUACACCAUGCCAGAAUACCUCUCUAAGCGCUACGGCGGGCGGAGGCUGAAGAUGUACUUCGCAGCCCUUUCCAUCAUGCUCUACAUCUUCACAAAGCUAUCUGUGGACUUGUAUGCCGGCGCCCUGUUUAUACAGGAGUCCCUAGGCUGGAAUCUGUACUUGUCAAUCAUCAUUCUCAUCAGCAUGACUGCCUUGUUGACCGUUACUGGCGGCCUGGUCGCUGUGAUGUACACUGACACACUACAGGCUGUGCUCAUGAUUGGUGGUGCUCUGAGUCUGACCAUCAUCAGCAUGGUGAAGGUUGGUGGCCUGGAGGGAGUCAGGAAAAAGUACAUGGAGGCUGUCCCCAAUGUCACAGCCAUACUGGCAGCCAACAACUUCACCUAUACCAACUCGUGCCGCAUCUAUCCAAAGCCAGACUCCCUGCGGAUCUUGCGUGGGCCUCUUGACGAGGACAUUCCCUGGCCUGGUUUCCUUUUGGGCCAGACGCCAGCCUCAAUCUGGUACUGGUGCGCCGAUCAAGUCAUCGUCCAGCGAGUGCUUGCUGCAAAGAACAUCGCCCACGCCAAGGGUUCCACACUCAUGGCAGGAGUCUUGAAAGUCCUCCCAAUGUUCAUUAUUGUCAUUCCAGGGAUGAUCUCCCGCAUACUGUUUGCAGAUGAGCUUGUUUGCAUUAGCCCAGAACACUGCAUGCAGGUGUGCGGCAGUCAGGCAGGCUGCUCCAACAUUGCUUACCCACGUCUGGUGAUGAGUGUGAUGCCGGUCGGUCUGCGCGGUUUGAUGAUGGCGGUCAUGAUCGCCGCUCUAAUGAGCGACCUGGACUCCAUCUUUAACAGCGCAAGCACCAUCUUCACCCUGGACAUCUACAAGAUGGUCCGCAAGUGCGCCUCCUCCCGAGAGCUGUUGAUCGUUGGCCGCAUGUUUGUGAUCGUCAUGGUGGGAAUCAGCAUUGCUUGGGUGCCAGUCAUCAUCGAGAUGCAAGGGGGCCAAAUGUACCUCUACAUCCAGGAGAUUGCAGGGUACCUUACUCCACCGAUAGCUGCCCUGUUCAUGCUUGGCGUAUUUUGGAAACGGUGCAACGAGACAGGCGCCUUCUGGGGCGGCAUGACUGGCUUCACCCUGGGAACCAUGCGCCUGAUCCUCGGGUUCAUCUACCGUGAGCCCCGCUGUGACCAGCCCGAUGACCGCCCCUUUUUCAUCACCCACAUUCACUACAUGUAUGUGGCAGCGAGUCUCUUUUGGGUCUCCGGAGGGGUUGCUGUAGUGGUCAGUCUCUGCACUCCUCCCCCUUCGAAGGACAAUACACACAACACCACUUUUUGGGGGCUUCCCAAAGUCGAGGGACAUCCUGUCAGAGACUGCGAGGAGCUCCGCGAGCCCGAAAAGGGCCCCAUCCACUGCAACGGCAGCCUCCACAAGCAGGUACCCACCGACAUCCAGAAAGAGAAGAUCCUGGAUGACGUUGAAAUCAAACUCCUCCUCCCUGCCGGAGACAACAUGCCCAUGAUCCCGAACAGCGAGCUGCCCACAUCAAUGGAGAGUUUUGGGAACGGCCUCACUGAGCUUGUGGGCAAAGAGGAGGAUGGAAGUUUCCCCAACAACAGCAGCAUCACCGGACACCACCAAGGGGAGAAGGGCUUAUGCAUGCGUCUGUUCGACUGGAUCAACAGCUACAAGGACCAGGCGCCCACAACCCAAGCUAAGGUGCCAGAGGAAGACCAAGAACAAAUCAUCAUGGAGAUGCUUUAUGAACCUCCCAAAACCAAGCUGGUGCUGAACAUUGGCCUUGUUGUGGUGUGCUCCUUGGGAGUUUUCAUGUUUGUGUAUUUUUCCCUUUAGAUAUGCUGCAGCUCUUGGGAAUGUGUAAAAUUACAUUUUGAACAGUGGCACCUGUAUUAUCUGAGUUCUGUAAAAGAUAUCUUGAGUCUGUAAUAUUUACAGUGUGAUGUUUAGCUACCUUGGGGAGACCUAAAAAGAAAGAUAUAACAGAUAUUGAAUCUCAGACUUUUGAAAUUCUUGGAAUUCUUUCUGUAGAUGGAUCAAAUAUCUGCAUUCUCAAAAUGCUCUACCUAAAAUCUAACUUUUUAUGCCGAUGGACAUAUAUGAGAUUACUGGACAACAAAGUAACACAUGUACCGUUUUUCUCUAGCAAGUGAUGUGGUGAUAUUUGCCUUAUUUAUUUAUAAUACUUCUAUUUCUUCUUGUAAAAACCUAUAUAUUUGUCUCUGUAUUUAGUGUAGUGACUAUUUGUGACUUUGUUUUGGGACCAUUGACAUCAUUCAAUCAUUGUGUAUUUCCUCUUGUUUUGUUGUCUUUUUGAGUAAGUUUAGAGUAGUCUCUGUAGCCUGUCUUGAACAGCAUCACAUGCUGUGUUGCGGUCAUGGCUCUGUAGCAGUGUUGCAGUGUGCAGAGUAAAUUAGUGAUGUUCACAAUGCUUCUUCCUAUAUCCACGUGUUUGUUCUUCCAUGCGAAUGGCCCAUAGCAUUAUGUCUAAUUCUGUCUACACAUAGUCAUGAACUGUGCUGUUGUACUCUAUUAAGCACUUUCCAAGCCUGGCCUUCAUUGAUCUAUUUUUUGUAAUAUUUUUUGUUUUGUUGUUAUUCAAAGGUAUGGAACCACCAAAAAGCCUUUUUACUAAAAGCAGGGAACAUGCACAAUAGAACAAGCUGAGGUCUCAUGUUUAGAACUAAGGAACCCAUAAGACAGGUGAUUCAAGAGCAAAUCUGGCUCAGUUCUCAGCCAUUGGGUCUGUUCUAGAGUCCACUGUGUAAUCCAACCAGUAACUCAUAUGUGUCCGUAUAAAUGCUUUAGGUAUUGCUUUAUCAGCUUUUAACUAUUAGCUUGUUGAGACUCUGUAUCCAUUUUCCUCACAAAGCUGACAUUUGUUGAACAUAAUGGGAUGUUUCUCAUUGAUGGAAUUUACAUACUCAGAAACAAAUUUGAGUUUCACCAUUUCCUGUCAACUGUUAAAAGUGUUAACUUUGAAAGCACAGCUAUAAGCUUAAAGAAGAGACAACCAAAUAAUGAAGUAUUUAAAUAAAAUCACUUCUUGAAUCACUAUGAAAAAAAACUGACAUAUCCUUAUAUAUAUCCCAAAAUAUAACAUCAGUCAAUGGGAUGUCGUGUCAUUGCUGUGCAAAAAUGAUAUUUAGUUCUUCUAGCAGAAGAAUCCAGAAUGUGGUUUUGGAACCUGGGCAGGGCUGUUUUUGCCUCUGCUUUUUCACAUGUACUGUUAGUUGAGAGAAAAUGCAAGAAUAAAAGGUCAGCAAUUGUUUGAUGUAUGAGUAUGGAUAUGUUUUUUGUUUGUUUGUUUGACAAUAUUUAAUUGAAAAGUGUUGUUCAUUGAUGCAGUGAAAUUGUUUGUCCUUGUUAUUUUGCAUUUCAUACAAAUAAAUUAUUGAAAGUAGUACACAACGCACAAAAUUCAAAUCACACCCCUGAAAGUUUAAUGGUUCUCUCUGUCUCUACCUUUGGGCAUUUCAAGAAAUCUAAGGAACCAAACCCUGAUCAACCCAGAAUGAGGCUAACCAUUCUUUUAUUGUGGUCCACCACAAGUACUGUAUGUGAGAGAAUUUCAGAAGUGGGAAGGUCUGUGUAUUCAUUCUGCAAUGCAAUAAAAAAGUGAAAACUAUAAUUGGCUCAACUUUGUAUUUUGUAAUAUAUAUACAUAUAUAUAUAUAUAUAUAUAUAUAUAUGAAUUGAUUGACAUGAAAGCACAAUCCUGGCCCAGAUGAAUGUCAUUGGCUUUGUAGUGGACCAAUCUGUAUCAGGAUAUAGAUCAACUUGUAUCUCUCUCUCAAAGGCACAGCACAAUGACAACGUAAUUACAACAUGUGGUGCAUAGUAGAGCACACUGUGUUGAUUUAUUCUAGUAAUGAUCAUCAGAAGAGAAUUAAGAACAGAACAGAGUUAAGUGGCCUGCCCAGUUCUGAAUAAAGAUGGAGUACAUUUAAAUUGUAGUUAGAAUGACAUUACAAUUCCAACUUUGUUUUGUUGUUGUUUUUUACUUUGUUCUUAUACUUUACUUUUAGCACCCUGUCUUGGAUGUUAGUUAUUUACUUUUAUUUUUCUUGUGUUAAUUAUUUACAGUAAACUCUGUCUUUAGGUGUGGUUAAAUUUGAUGUGUCAUUAAUUGUCCCAAAGUUUAUUUGUGACUUUAUUCUUUUACAGGAGUUCACUGUCAAUCAUCAAUGACAUGACAUGGACAUCUGGUUUAAUCUGAUGCAUGAGGCAAUGAUGAUGUGGAAAAUCUGUUUUGAUUUACAGUUGCUUUAAAAUAUUUUGAAACCAUCUUUUAGUGUGCGGAAUGGGGGUAAAAUAAUUCAACAAGCGUUUCAAAAUGAGAUCAGAAACAUGUUUGGAAGAUGGAAAGUGUUUGGUAAAGAGUCAUUUUAUCGAUAGCUUUGACUAAUUAGGUGUCAUUGUGCAUAAUGGCAUUUAUUGUGUGCAGGUUUUGAAUGGCAGUAGCAUUGGUUGGUUCAAAUACAUGUGAACUUCCUGCUUAUAUUUUUCCGAAGAUGCCAAUAAAUGGAUUUGUUGCUGAAAAA